AGGUAGAAGAAGAAGAAGAAGAAGGAAGAAGAAAUGAGGAAAUUAGGAGUACUGGUGUUGUUUUGGAGUGCAUCGAUACUUCUUCCGAACCAUAAUCGCUGGCUUACAGAAGCAGCUCCGGCGAAUUCGGCGGUGACUCACUUGCCAGGCUUCACGGCCGGCGAUUUCCCGUCCAAACACCACUCCGGGUAUAUAAAUAUCGACGGAGGUUCGAGUGGGAAGAGGCUGUUUUAUUACUUCGUGACGUCGCAACGGAGCCCCGCCGCCGAUCCGGUGGUUCUCUGGCUCAACGGCGGCCCUGGCUGCUCUAGCUUCGACGGCUUUGUUUAUGAACACGGACCUUUCAAUUUUGGAGAAGGAAAUCCCAAGGGGACACUCCCUACCUUACAUCUUAAUCCUUACAGCUGGUCCAAGGUUUCAAAUAUUAUAUAUUUGGAUUCCCCAGCUGGUGUUGGCUUAUCCUAUUCCCCAAACGAGGCCAAUUACAUUACAGGAGAUCUUCAAACGGCUUCUGAUACACACAUUUUCCUUCUCAGAUGGUUUGAGGAAUUUCCAGAAUUUCUUCAAAAUCCAUUUUACAUAGCAGGAGAGUCCUUCGCAGGCAUCUAUGUCCCCACCCUUGCUUCUCAAGUAGUCCAAGGGCUUAAAAAUGGGGCUGUGCCAAUUAUAAAUUUCAAGGGUUACAUGGUGGGGAAUGGUGUGACGGAUGAAAAGUUUGAUGGCAAUGCUCUCGUCCCUUUUGCACAUGGAAUGGCCCUAAUCUCUGACGCUAUGUUUCAGGAAGCCGAAGCUUCUUGUGGUGGAAAUUACUACGACCCUCAAACGGAGGCUUGUUUUGACAAGCUUGAACGGGUUGAUCAGGACUUGGAGAGGUUAAACGUAUACGACAUCUUGGAGCCAUGUUUUCACAUAGGAAACACGAGCGAAAGCUUGCCUACAAGUUUUCAACAGCUUGGGCAGACAAAGAAGCCUUUAGCCGUAAGGAAGCGGAUGUUUGGUCGGGCUUGGCCUUUUAGGGCACCGGUGCGCGAUGGGAUCGUCCCUCUUUGGUCUGAACUAGCUGAGACUGACAUCAAAUCUCACGUACCUUGUCUGAACGAUGAAGUAGCAACGAUUUGGUUGAACGACGAGUCGGUGAGAGCAGCCAUUCACGCCGAGCCGGAAAGUGUGGCAGGUCCAUGGGAGCUAUGUACUCAUAGAAUAAGGUACCGUCACAAUGCUGGAAGUAUGAUUCCUUAUCAUAGGAACCUUACUUCUCAAGGUUUUAGAGCUCUUAUUUUCAGUGGAGACCAUGAUAUGUGUGUGCCAUACACUGGAAGCCAAGCAUGGACUUCUUCACUUGGCUACAAAAUUAUUGAUGAAUGGAGGCCAUGGUUCUCCAAUGCCCAAGUUGCAGGGUAUUUACAAGAAUAUGAACACAAUCUCACUUUCCUUACCAUAAAGGGAGCUGGACAUACUGUACCAGAAUACAAACCUAGAGAGGCAUUAGAUUUCUACACUCGAUGGUUAGAAGGAAAUUCAAUAUAAACCAAAUUUAAAUGAUAGACUUAUACAAAAAUGUACCAAUAAAAUACUUAAUUAAUUUUAA